AUGUUUUCAUAUUCAGCACCAACAUAUGUAUUGGAAACAUUUUCUUCGUCAUUAACUAAUAUAGAUAAUAUACCAAUGAAAAAAAACAUUUCUUAUGAAUUCAAUAGAUCUAAUAUAAAUUCAUUAUCAAAAGAAAUAAUUGAAGAAACUCCUUAUCUUCGUUCUACUAUUCUAUUAUAUGAUAUUUCCAUUUAUGAUAAUUAUGAAGCACAGAAAUAUUUACCUAAAUCCAAUGACAUACAACUCACAUCAAAAUCUGUUCUAUCACUACAAUCACAUGAAAAAGUUCGACAUCGUCUUUUUCUUGAUUCUCCUAAACAAGAUACAACUAGUUCUAUCUCCAGAAAUCAACCACUAAUAACAACUCACAAAACCAGGGGUGUUAUAAAACAAUUAUUUACUUCUCCUUCAUCAUCGCCAUCUAACAUUAACUUUAUAAUUAAUGAUAAAUGUCAAAAACUUUUCUAG